AUGCAGCUUAUCCUCAUCGAUACCAUCUUCGAGGAAAGGAAAGGGAAACUCGGCCGUCUGGCAUUCCGCCCCGCGGGUGGAGGCGCAUUCCCCCUUGCGACCUUCACGGGUCAGACCCGUGAAGAAGAAGUGGAAGCUUCUCAGUCCCGGUUUGCCCUUCGACCCGACGACAUGCUCUACAUCUGGGUGUUGGUUUUGAGGUGUUUGGUGUCGGGAGUGGAUUCCCAGGCCGAUUCCCCGCCUUUCGGACCCUCCAAAUUCCCUUCGACCAAUGAGAAUUGCCGUUGCCUCCCAGCUGUUCUUUGCUCCCCCGUCAUCUACGAAUUGGAGAGACUGCAGACCUGCCGCCUUCCCCAAGGGAGUUCUGGACUCUGCUGUCCUUCGUUUUCAAAUGGAGGAAAAGGAAGUGGGGCGUCGAAGGUGCCAGAAUUGGUCCUGGAUGAGCCGAGGGAAGACAAAUUCCAAAUCGCUCCCUUCUCGGCGAUGGAAAUUAAUUCCGCCGUCUCGUCCGGCGUUCGCAGCCUUCGGGGCUACGAAGAAGUCGCCUCUCGUCUCAUACGGGAGGGUCAGCAUAUUGCGGAGGGGACCCCGGCCUCGUAUCAUCAGGAUUUCUCCAAAACCUCUCCGUACUCCCUCGAACUCGGCAAAAAUGCCUACAUGGCUCUCGAAAUAUCGAGGAAACUUGACGAAAUGCACAAUUUAACCCACGAGGAGAUCUUCUACGGAUUACCCCGUUCCUCUUUCCUGGCAAAGGCCAUUGAUGGUGUUUGCCCGGAGCAACCGGACUGCAGGGGACAGAACCCUCGCUACCGGACCGCAGAUGGCGCCUGUAACAACCAACAAAAUCCCGACUGGGGGAUGUCCUGGACGACCUAUAAACGGAUUCUGCCGCCGGCCUACCGGGACGGCGUGUGGGUGCCACGAGCAUCAACUCGAGGCGGGGUUCUUCCGAGCGCUCGUUUUGUCAGUGGAUCUUUGAUCAAGGACGAAAAUGUGCCCGAUCAAAAGCACACCGUCCUCUUCAUGGUGUUCGGACAAUUCGUGAACCACGACCUCACCCGCUCUCCCAUCUUCAAACUCGACGAGGGAGGAAAGUUGGGGAUCAAGUGUUGUCAGAACGGAGAGGAAAUCAUCCCGAGCCCCCAUUUCGCCUGUUUCCCCAUUCGAAUACCUCCUAAUGAUCCCUUCUACUCUCAAUUUGGCGAGCGGUGUAUGGAGUUCGUGCGAUCCUUGCCGGGUCCCAGGCCAGGAUGCACCUUUGGACCCGGCGAGCAGAUGAAUCAGUUGACGCACUGGCUGGACGGGUCCGUGAUCUACGGAUCGGAGAAGGAACAGGCGGCAGGACUGAGAUCCUUUCAAAGAGGGCAACUCAAGGUUUUUCGUGACAUCGAUAGAGAUCUCCUUCCUCUGAAUACGGAAGGCGGCGGCUGUGCCAUUCCCGUCGGAGGGCUCCAUUGCUUUGUCGCCGGGGAUUCGAGGGUGAACUUGCAGGUGCUGUUGACGAUGAUUCAAAACGUGUGGCUUCGUUUUCACAACGAAGUGGCGAGGGAACUGGAAAGGUUGAACCCCCAUUGGAGCGACGAAGUCCUCUACCAAGAGACUCGUCGCAUCGUCGUCGCAUGCGUUCAACACAUCGUCUACAAUGAGUGGCUCCCCAUCCUUCUCGGUCCCGAGUACAUGAGGAACUUCGGCCUAAUGCCAGCGGAGGGAGAAUCAUAUGGGGAUAGGGCCAACUACGAUCCGACGAUGGACCCGAGGGUCACGAACGAAUUUGCCGCUGCUGCCUUUCGGGUCGGACACUCCCUCAUUUGGGAUACCAUCCGUACCCUGGAUGAAUCUGGGAGAGAGGUGAUGAGAGGUGGAGGAACGUGGCUGAGGGAAGUGAUUAAUAAUCCGUCAGCCAUUUACGAUUCCUUUCUCUACGACGGACUGAUACGCGGUGGCCUCCACACCCCCUCUCAGUCCGCGGACUCCUUCAUCACGCAUCAGGUCACGCAUUACCUGUUCGCAUCUCUGAACAAGACUCACGGCUUGGACCUUGCCAGCCUGAACAUUCAGCGGGGCCGAGAUCACGGAAUCCGACCAUACAAUCACUAUCGCAAGGCCUGUGGACUACCCCCAGCCAGGGACUUCUCCGACUUCGCUCCCGUCGUUCCUAUCCAAAUUGCACAAGGAUGGUCGAACGUGUACGAGGAAGUGGAUGACGUGGAUUUGUUCGUUGGGGGUAUCUCUGAGAGACCGUUUGGAGGCGGCAUAUUAGGUCCCACCUUCACCUGCAUCAUUGGAGAUGUUUUCACUCGCUUGAAGAAAGCCGAUCGCUUCUUUUACGACAACCCGGGUUUUCCUCAUUCCUUCACCAAAAGUCAGUUGAUGGAGAUCCGGAAGAUUAGUCUCGCUCGGAUCCUGUGCGACGGCAGCGAUCACAUCCGCGACAUCCAACCCCUGGCCUUCUACUGGUCAUCUUACUGGAAUCCGGUAGUGUCAUGCAAUAGCCCUACGAUUCCCCGUCCCGAUUUCUCCCCGUGGAAGGACUUCGCACAAUCUUGAAAUAGUGGUAUAUUUUAUCAGAUUUAUAUCAGAAGAAAAAUUUAUUUUUCAGAGUUUAUUUGUCAAAUUUGUCGUUCUGUGAUGGGGGCAUAAAAAUGGCAUUUUAUUGAAGGAAGA